AUGUCUCAAUUUAGACAGACUGGCAACGCAAUGCAUAUCUGUCUAGUCAAGAAAUACAAGGGCCCCUGCACCCCAAUCCUUUCUAGCCAUUCCAGCCGGCCCUCUUUCGAUGCUCUUAAGAAGCAAUUGCAAGACGAAAUACGCCAAGCGCCGGCAAACCACCAGCAGGCUAAGGAUCGGGCUCUCUACCGCGAUGGGUACCGAUGCGUCGCAACCAAGAUUUUUCUCGACGUCCAAUACUCUAUACAAGGCUAUCAUGAAGAUUAUCAGGACACGAAAGAGCUAUAG